UCUGAUUUCAUAUCACUUGAUCACUUGCAUCACUUGGUAAUUGGUAUAGCUUGGUACCCACUUUCAUACACCGUCCCAUCGAGACUUACACACCGUCACUACGAGCUGAGCAUUCCGCCAACUUGAACCCGGAAAGAGAUGCCCGCAACCACGACGUCAUCAAGUGACUCGAGCUCGAGCUCGUUCCCCAAGAUCGAGUAUGCCCUGUUCGAUAUGGACGGUCUACUCAUGUAAGGAAUUUUGGCUUUGAAGCUACCUAGACCCGGAUUCGGGAAGAAAUGAGGCCGGAAGAGCUGACGAUCAGGAUACCCCUCAAUCACCUCGUCGCGGUCAAUCGUGUUACAACUCCUGCUCCGAGAUGCUAAUCUAUCUUCUGUUGGAUGGGGAACGUCGGAUAAAACGUGAUCGUAGUGAUACAGAGCGAAUCUAUACCGAGGUGACCAACGAGAUCUUGGGCGAAUUCGGUUGUUCAUUGGGGUGGGAUGUGAAAGCGCAGGCUAUGGGAGCUCCCGCGAGACUCUCGUCAGAAUCCAUACUUCGGGCCUACGACCUCCUAGAUAAACUCUCCGUGGAUGAGUUCAUUCGACGGAAACAGACCAUGAUCCCUCAGAAGUUUAAGGAGGUAGCGCCUAUGAGGGGUGCCGUGAGGUUGGUCCAGCAUCUGCAUAAACACGGGGUACCGAUCGCUUUAGCUACCGGAUCGGGCUAUCAGGCCUUUUUGGACAAGACCACCCACCUGCCGCACUUGUUCGAGCUGUUCCCGGUCGAUGCCAUUGUCACGGCAGACUCUCCUGAAGUCAAGCCAGGCAGAGGGAAGCCUUGCCCAGAUGUCUUUUUAGCUGCGGCUAGAAAGUUAGGCCGCGAUGUCGGGGCCGAGGAAGAAUCCGCGAGUGACGAGCAACGUAUCGAGCGCAGCAAAGCUCUCGUCUUCGAAGACGCCGUCUUUGGUGCGCAAGCGGGUGUGAGGGCUGGGAUGAACGUCGUCUGGGUACCCGAUGUGGAACUACGCGCUCUGGACCCGGAGAACACGCACGGGGCCAAGGUGAUCCACGAGCAUCUCGAGGAUUUCAAGCCCGAACAGUGGGGAUUGCCGCCAUUCGACGACGAGGUUUAAGGGGAGACAGCAAUCAUCCGAUGUGCGGUGCAAUAGGACCUCUUGUAGUCAUUGAAAGAUGUCGUUAUCAUAUCGGGUUGUCGGCUGACUUUCCAGGUGAUCAGCGUCAGUUGGAGCAAACAAUCGCUUCCAUAUGAACACCGAUUUCGGCUUGACUCCUAUGUAACGCAGGGGUUUCUCAGCUUUGGUGGACUCGGGAGGUGACCAGGGCAAGGUGGGAGAUUGUAGGGAGACUGGCGGCGAGGUUGAGUGAAUCUUUGUCCGGCUUCGCUGGAAUGCAUUUGACUACUCCGCUUAAACAUAUUGUCAACUUGUUACCGAGCGCUUCCAAAAUCGUCUUUUUGCAUGCCCUGUCCUUGCGAUUGGAGGCUAACACGUUCGAUAAGUAGCUUCUGUCGAGUGGGCUCUAUAGGCGAGUAUGUCCC